AUCGGGUGUGGGCUUGGGUGGCCCCCACUCUGGUGGAGGCAGCCUCGCUCCAAGCAGUUUCCCUGUUUAUUCUUUCAAAGGGCAGAACAGGGGAAGGGAAGCAGAGGGCAGCGCCUGUUUCCAGACGUCACCCGGCUGAGGAAGGGAAACCCUGGCAUGUAGCUGUGAGUUCCCUCUCGGCUCCUCGGCCUUUUCUCACGGGCACAGGCGGCCUCCUUAACCGAUGCUAUGAAUGGCGUUUCUUUCAGCCUUGCAAACGACAGCCCGUAGAAGCGUUUCUGCAUGUGUCUGAAGAUCACCAUCGUGUUUGCUCAGAUCCCGGCUACCCCUACACUCUAGGGGCAGGUGAGAGCACCCGGCGGGGACCCGGCAAGGCACUCUGAUGGCUGCAGUGGUCCACACACCAGACAGAGUAGACUGGGGUCAGGUGCGCCAUGGCCACCACAGGAAGCCAGCCCAGGAAGAGGCCACAGCUGCUGGCCCUUUGGUGCCCUAGCCCCAGCACUGGGCAGCAGAGCAUACCAGGGCCCCAGGCCACCAGAAAGCAGCGAGGCUGUGGCCACGCCUGUGCCAUGCCCAGGGGCCCAGCUGCUCUUCUGAGACAGGCUGGACCAGGUUCUGAUUAACACCGGGUCCCUCUCCCAGUAAAAAUGGUGUUGCAGGACCAGCAGAUGGCGUAAUGGUUACUGGAGGGCCUGGGGGAGGUAAGGAAACAUGGCAGAAACACGCCGACACCGCUUUCCUGUGGCGCGCACUCGGCCCGCCAUCACCAGCGCCCUUUCCCACCUUCAGCAUCUGGCGCACCCGCAAAGUUGAACAGAAGAGCCACCUUCAGUGGCUAGACGACCUAUCGGACGAAGGCCCUUUAAGAUCGAGCAGCACCCACCCUGGGCGUGACUCCCUCGGCCAGACUGAGGGACCUCACCCGAGAGCUUUUCGCAGAAUAAAUUGUAUUGCUUUAUUAAACUGUAAGGCCUGACUCUGGUAUUUUCAUUCUGAGGCCUCCGAUCCCACAUCAAACCUAACAGCCACGUCGCUGGACUCCACAUGGCCGACCGCGGUUCGUGUCCCAGACCUGGUGACUUAGAGCUCCCCUGGGUGCUUUGCAUGUGUGCCCAAUACCCCGAGGGGAGGAUGGAGGAAGGAGUGCAGUGUGGCGUCCCCCAGAGAGGUGAUUUCCUGCCCUAUAGCAAAAAUCUCAUAAAAAUUCCCACAACAACAAUGCUACAGGAUAAUGUUUCUGUCCAGGUAAGAAAAAGGAACGCGCACACAGUCUGCCCGCCCCAUGCACACGCAUGCCUGCACAGAGCUUGUCUCUCCUCCCCAAAGCCCAACACAUAGCUUUUUGCUGGCACAUCGGAGUGGGGGGAGGGCUGCCUUUCCAGGGCUUGGGAAUGACAGCUCUUCCCUGUACCCGCAAGGCUUGCCCGUUCCCAUGCCGCCCUGCCCCGCCCUCCUGCCAUGAGGUCUAUAAACCUUGCCUCCUCUCCCUGGAAGGGCCAAAGCUGAGAGGUGGCAGCAUGCAGCUGAACUUCAGUGGCCUUCGGGCCCUGGUGACAGGAGCAGGGAAAGGGAUCGGGCGGGAAACCGCGAAGGCCCUACAUGGCUCUGGGGCCAGAGUGGUGGCCGUGAGCCGCACCCACGCGGACCUGGUCAGCCUCUCCACAGAGUGCCCCGGGGUGGAGGCUGUGUGCGUGGACCUGGGCGACUGGGAGGCCACAGAGCAAGCGCUGGGCGGCGUGGGUCCCGUGGACCUGCUGGUGAACAACGCCGCCGUGGCCCUGCUGCAGCCUUUCCUGGAGGUCACCAAAGAGGUCUUCGACAGGUCGUUCCACGUCAACCUGCGUUCUGUACUCCAGGUGUCCCAGAUUGUGGUCCGUGGCAUGAUGGCCCGUGGAGUGCCCGGCUCCAUUGUCAAUGUGUCCAGCAUGGUGUCCCAGGUCACCUUUCCCAACCUGGCUACUUACAGUUCCACAAAGGGUGCCAUGACCAUGCUGACCAAGACCAUGGCCUUGGAGCUCGGGCCACACAAGAUCCGGGUGAACUCUGUGAACCCCACGGUGGUGCUGACGGCCAUGGGCCAGAAAGUCUCGCACACCCGGCCAGCCCUGGCAGAGGCAGCCACCGUGGUCCGCUGCGGCUGCGGCCCCGCCCUUCAGCCCCGCCUCUCGGCUCAGACCUCUGCGGUGCAGAAGGCGUGGGAAGAUGCUCAAGCAGGUGCCUUAUUCAGGCGUCUUUGUCCACUGGACAUGACAACCCAGCUGGUGUGA